GCACAAAAGGACAGGGGGAGGGGGCUUCCGGUUUCCAUCUGUGACGUAACUUCCUUUCUGUCCGUGCCAGCCCUGUAGGAAACACGCGUUCGCCAGCCUAGCUCAAGAUGCGUUACGUUGCUGCUUAUCUGCUCGCUGCCCUGGGUGGCAAUGGCAACCCUGAAGCUGGUGACAUCAAGAAGAUCCUGGACAGUGUUGGCAUUGAAGCUGAUAGUGAACGCCUGGGGAAGGUCCUCUCUGAGCUCAAAGGCAAGAAUGUCGAGGAGGUGAUUGCUGCUGGUUACAGCAAGCUGGCCAGCAUGCCAGCAGGUGGUGCUGUUGCUGUUGCCAGCUCUGCAGCUGGUGGUGCAGGUGGAGCCGCAGCUCCUGCUGCAGCUGUCGAGGAGAAGAAGGAAGAGAAGAAAGAGGAAUCUGAAGAGUCGGAUGACGACAUGGGCUUUGGCCUGUUUGACUAAACUUUUGCAAACAAUAAAGUUUAUAAAACUUCAAAAA